UACAGGAAUAUCCCCCUGAGAAUAAUGAAAACAACAACAAUAUAUAUAAAACCCCAUCAGGUAAAAGAGAGGCAGUUCAUCGAACAGACAAAAUGGCAAACUUUAAUUUGUGUGAGUCCCAAAAGACAAAAUAAUGCUGUUUUUUCCAAGUAGAGGAUUCAACACUAUACUUAAUUUGUGUUUUCUCCCAUUCAGAUAUGAUCAGCUGUUUGCUCCUUACUUCCACACUGAACUGGCAUACAACUACAUCAAUGCCGGUGCACAACCACCUGAGCACGGACAAGUUCUUAAAAUGCUCGCCGCUCUUUAGGAGCCUCUUGACUAAUAUCAGUGGACUUGUUAUCAAAAGUGAAAUUAUGUGUUAUGGCAUCCCAUCCAGUAACGCAAAUGUGAGCAGCACAGCUGAGACAGCUCAAGCCUGCGCACCUAAUAUGCAACAGAGUUUGACCUGCAUGGCCCAAAGGAAUACGUCCUUUAAUGAGAGUGGAUGUGUGAUGAGCAUCAUGAAGGACGUGACCUACUAUGAUGCUCUCAUUCAGUCGUACCUUAAGUUGGAUCACAGGAGUGCCGAAGAAGAAAAGCUCCUCAACUCCACCUUGAAAAUAAUCCACAACCUGAAGACAUGUUUCACAGAGGAGAGAGGGAAUAGAGGACUGAACUCUGCAUGGGAGGACGUGCCCCACAUGUGGGAAAGGGACAGCUUCAAAGACCGACAUGCGAUGUGCGCGAUAAUGAGGGGCUUCCAAAUCAGAGCUGUCACCAUUAAUAGAGCGAUAGGCUACAUCUCAUCUGGAGACCACCUAAAGUGAACUCUAGCAACAUUAAAAACAUUUGGUUUUUGAUCAGCAGACAUGAAAAAAAUAAUAGCUACUGUUAGACCAUGAACAUUUGAAUCCAAAUAUCUCUUUCCAACUGUGGACUUAGCAAAACAUGAUCUAAAAUGUUAAUGUUAAACAUCAGAACUGCAAUAAAAAGUUAAGCAAGCAGACAGAUUAGGAAUAUUCAAUCAAAAUUUGAUUGUCGCUCUCGUUGCCAGGUAGAUUUCAUAGAGCACAAUUGUUUGUGCCCCAACACCUAAUUAAGAUUUUUAUUUAAAUAUUUUAUAUACAGUAUAUAUUAGCAGGAAAAGAA